AUGCAACGGGAUCGGAAAGGGUGGGUUGGCCAUCUCCCUCUGUCCUUUGCCCGCAUUGGCUCCGGCAACCCUUCUGGCCAGGCAUCCCAGAGGUGCGCCAGGCCCCCUCCCCUAAGAGCCUCGCGCGCUCCGCGACCAGGGAUGGGCCGCAGGUCUUUGCUGCCAGGGAGGGCAUGCGAAGGGCCCGGCCGCGGCCCUUGCGCCAGGCGCCGCCGGGCCAGCGCCGCAUUCCUCCUCGCCGUGGUGGGCCUAGCAUGCGCUGACGUGGCGGUCCUGGGAGCAGCACCGGGCUCGGCAGCUUUCAGUGGUGCGGGGGUCGCCGUGAAGUUGUUCCUCUUCCUCGUGCUCGCGGUCGUUGGCUUGCUUGCGUUCAUCUUCGUCGCUCAGUUUGCGGUCUGCAAGCUCAUUGUUGAAAGCAUCAAGGCGUUCGAUCAAAAAUUGUUGGGCGUGGACGUCGACUUCGGGAGCGUAUAUUUCAAUCUCUUCACAGGGCGUGUCUCGUCUUCAGGCUUCAGGAUAUCAAACGUGAAGGGUUACAAAGAGCCGUAUUUGAUGAUCGCGGACACGUUCAUUUUCGAUCUGAACGUGAGCAAGUUGUUCAGGUCCAAGGGCAGCGAUAUAGAAGUUGAGGAGUUCCAGCUCAAGAAUGUGGAUGUCAUUCUGGAGUACGAGGGGGGCUUCAUGGGGAUUGGGGGCAAGUCAAAUGCAAUGGCAAUCUUGGAGACAGUGCAGAGCCAUUUGCCAAAGAAGCAGGAGACGGACGGUAAGAAACCCGAAAAGCCAUCGGCAAAACCGUCUGGCAGCGCGGGCACGGUGGAAGAGAAGACGUCGUCUAGGAAAGUGACCGUCCGGAAACUCUACAUUGUUGACGUUGGUGCGAAAGUAUCAUUGGACGGCAAGUUCGGUGCACGCAAUGCAUGUGCCGACAUCACAUAUGAGAAUUUUAGUGCUGAAACCGCCGAGCAGACUGGGGGAGGGGCCCUGAAAGAUAUCCUUAUCGUCAUCUCGAAUUCGCUUCUGAAGAGUAUCAUGGCCAGCGUCAAGGGGAAGGCGGCUGCAGACAAAGCGUAUUGAGCCUGAGCCAGGAUAAGGUCAUUUACCCGGUUCGGCUGCAGGGGAUACGCAGGGUCUCUUCGAGAUGCAAGGCAACUCGUCGGGCCAUGAUGCAGUGACGUCAAUGGCGCAGCUUUUGUCAAGUCGGAAAGUCCACGACCGUUUCGUGGCCAAGGUGCAGCCAUCGCAUAUUGCCCGUGCCUGGUAACCUGUACCCGUCUUUUGAGACCCCAAACAUAUUUGGAAACUACUUAUCUUAUCUUCUUGUCGGACUGGGGCCCCACCAAGAAUGGAAAAUACUUACUUCUCCGCAGCACCCGCCGCGCAACAACUACGAUUACGAUUACGAUUAUUAUUUCGACUACAACCAAGACUACGAUUACGACUUGAAUCAUGAUUCCAAUCACGAUUACAACCACGACCUCAAUCACGACCACAACCACAACUACUGAUUCCUGUUGCAAUCCUCAUGAGACGAUGCUUACACAUCCUUUCGUGUGUAGGGUCGCCCACAGCGGAUUAUUUUCUGGGAGAGAGAACCCCCAGCAUUAUCGAACCCGCCCAACAAUAGAGGGAAAAUCAUGUCCGCCGUGACGACGACGACGAUCACGAUUCAGCUUCAAGUUCCGACUGGUUAUGAGAGAAUUGGUGGUGCCUGCCGCGCAAUCGGUAUUCAAGUGAUAGGUAGACACGUCAAUUCUUGACGUUUCGCGUACACCUCCCGAGCAGGGAAAGGCAGGAGGUUGGAAAGGGAAACGCCCUAGACCACCUGCGCCCAGAGGGCUGGUGGGAUUUUUUAUGAGCCGUGUCGCGCUUGAUCAAGCCAGCAAUCGUUAGGACACCUUCGAGCGCGAGCAUUGUAUCUGGCAGCCUCCAAUAGAGACUGCCGUAUAAUCGUGCCAUUUUUACACCACACCGCAGAUGAUCAGGUCCCCUGUCGAUUAGUUCAUCGAUGAUAAUUUCUAAGGACAAGAAGCCUUUCCGCUUCCAGUCUGCUGUGCGCAGUUCGACGGGGAAUGUCUGGUGGAACCAGCCUCCCCGAGAGUGUAAAGUUCUGUGUUGUAGCUCUUGUGGCGCAGUGACUGUUGGCCAGAGGCAGCCCGCUGGUGAGGAAA